UAUAAGGGGCUGCUGGCCCAGAGGCAGGUGGCAGGCAGGUGGACAGCAGAGGAAGCAGGAACCCAGAGGUGUGAGCUUGGAAGCGAGGCCAUGUCAAGAAGCCAACUGUGGGCUGCCGUCGUCCUGCUGCUGCUCCUGCAGAGUGCACAGGGUGUCUACAUCAAGUACCAUGGCUUCCAAGUCCAGCUGGAAUCAGUGAAGAAGCUGAAUGAGUUGGAGGAGAAGGAGAUGUCCAAUCCCCAGCCUCGGAGAAGUGGCCUCCUCCCUGCUGUGUGCCAUAACCCAGCCUUGCCCUUGGACCUCCAGCCUGUUUGUGCCUCCCAGGAAGCUGCCAGCACCUUCAAGGCCUUGAGGACCAUCGCCACCGACGAAUGUGAACUGUGUAUAAAUGUUGCCUGUACAGGCUGCUGAUGAAAUGACUCUGGGUCUUAAGACCACUCCGGACACUUUCCCCACAGCCCAACCUGUCCAUACUUAGGCACCAUUGAAGUAAUCGCCAUCCUCCCAGCAUAAAUGGAUCCUUAGCAAGGCAAUGUGGAUGCAGAGUUGCCAUAUUUGGCCCCCAGGCAGCUGCACCUGAAUAAAAAAUGCUACCCACAAAA